CGGACUUAUGUGAACUGUCAGCUGAAAGAGUGAGCUUGCACAGUUCGAAUCGAGACAGAGAUACCGGAAAGCACGAAAGUCAAUUGGAAAAGAUAGCAUGAAUCGUUUUAAGGCUUCCAAAUUCAAAAACACAACCCCGAAGAUUGGAAAGAAAGAUGGCUGGAUCAGCAAUGUUCGGGCUGGAUCUUUCACCUCCCAGGGAAACCACAUCAAAUCUAGUCCCAGGCUUGUGGCCUUCAACACGGAGCAGGCUGGCGGAGGAAUGUUGGGCCUGUCUACUGUGGAACCAGGCUCUGACGGCAAGUGGACUGUGACUCAGAUCCCGUGUCAUGCUGAUCUGGUAACUGAUCUGGACUUCUCUCCGUUUGACGAUAGUCUUCUGGCAACUUGCUCCGCAGACGAAACAGUGAAGCUGUGGCGUGUGUGUGACCCGGAGCAGGAGCAGCCGGCGGGCCCGGAGGUGACCCUGAGCCCUGCAGGGGGCAGGCUGGAGCUGGUCCUCUUCCACCCCUCCUCCUCCGGCCUGCUGGCUGUGGCCUCCACCAGGAACGCUCAGCUCUGGGACACCAGCCGCCCUGACGCACCCCUGGCAGUUCUGGAGCAGCACCCAGACCAGCUGCAGGCUCUGAGCUGGAAACAGGACGGGACACUGCUGGCCUCCUCCUGCAAGGGAACAGUGGAUUGA